GUGUGGCAUUGAGUCAUAGGCUUACUUGUAGUCGAUCCAGGCUGUGCACAGGUUGGUGUGACUCUAUGUUGGAUGUCUGCCACUGUGAUAGUCACUGGAUUGUGUUCAGGGAGGUUGCUGUGGUCUUCCCUCAGAUCCACCAGCCACUGUGCAUCACUGUUGUGUGAUGCCUCCCUUUCUAUAUAUAUAUAUAUAUAUAUAUAUAUAUAUACAUGUUCAGGGAGGUUGCUGUAGUCAACAGUCAACAGUUGUGUGACGCCUCCCUUUCCCAUACACCUUUCCAGUACUGUUCAGUUUCCAGUACCCUGCCAUUGAGAGUACACUUUCGCAGGUUGUGUUGCGAACAGCCGGUUUAUUCGUCUGGCUUCGUUGUCUCUGGUGUAUCUCUUUCGGCGGCUGGCCAAGGCUUGUAGCCUUUGCUUGGCAGUUUCGAGUGCUUCAGGUAUGGGCAUCUGGCUGUACCUCUUGGGCAGCGUCUUUUCAUUGCACUUCUCUGGGCCUCUGUCAUUUGGCUCACUUCCCUCCGAGCUGCCUUGAUUUUUGCCUCCAACCUUCGUUUCCAUGGUGGGUAUUGUUUCUCAUGGCUCCCAUGAUUGCUCCUAUAGCCAAGCACCUCUAGGAUCACUGAUGCUGAAGCGUAUAUCAGCUCAUUGGUUUCUGUGAUUGUUGUGGUAGGGAUCGCUCUCAAUGCUGCAUUCACAUCUUCCAUUAGACUUUCUGAUGGUACUUCACUUAGUCGUUGUAGUGGGGUUGCCUUUUCAAUCUUGCCAUGAUCUUAUCUUUUAGGUCAGUCGCAGCCUCGCUUGAGAGUUCUGCGCAGUAUCCUUGCUGUUCCUAGGACUGCACUUUUCCCAAAGUUCCUCAUACUUAGCCACAUACACAUACAUUUAGGGUCGGGGGUGGGCUCUUUCACUAGGGCCUGGGGCUGAGGCCAUUUGUGGCCUCGCCCACUGGCCCUGGUGGAGAUCAUCACCCAAUUUUAACUAUUGUAACUAAUUUUUUAAAAGCGGUUGUGCUCCUGGAGGUGUCACCCACCUUCAGUACGCUUUAGUUCCACACACUCACGUCCAAGCUGGGUUGCAGGGAGGAGCUGCGGUCCCUGCCUGGGGCCACAUGGACGGCAAGCCAGAGACCUACCCUCCCCACGAAUGUGACCAAGCGAAUGGUGUGGGUGCGAGAAUGUAUCCGAGAGUGCAUUGGUUCACAUAUGAUUGACUAGUUUGUUGUGAGAGAGUUUAUGGUGUGUGUGUGUUGAUGUGAUGAUGUGAGUUGUACGUGUGGGUGGGUGUAUGCGUCUGUGUUUGUGUGAGUUUGUAUGCGUGUGGUGCGGUUGGAGUGUGGGGGGUCCGGUUUUCCGCCCGGGGUACGAUGAUCGUCUGCCUGGGUGGUCUCAUUUCUGCUGACCCCCAUCAAUUGCUGGCCUUGUGCUGCAGGCCGGUGUGGUGCCAGGGGAUGAGUUCGGGCCGAUGGGGUAGGCCCCGCUCUGCCCGUGUAGGGGUGGUGGACUGGGGGUGGGACCCACUCUGGGCGCGGGGGCAUCUCCUAACGGGCUCCCUACGGACCGUGGGUCCUCAUGCUCCACUCUUUCAGGCCGACCCUCCCACCGGGGGGAGUGUUUGCCCCUGGUUCUCAUGGGGUGGACAGCGUUGACCCACGGUGGCCCACUCUGACCUCGGGUGCUGUCUCUGUGGCUGCUGCAGCUCUGCCUGGGGGGCUCUGUGUGGGCGGCUUGGGUCGCAACACCUGCCCUCCUGGAACUGAAGGUGUGUGGGCUCCCCAGCUGCUAGGAUUCUUUCCUCUGCUGGUUGAAUGGGCGUAGUGGCCGAGCCCCUCACACCACUCUGGCUUCCACAAGUGUCAUUGUUCAUGCACCAAGGUCUGCCUCACCCUUUGGGUGAAUAAUAUUAAGCUACAGCCUUACUAACCUUGUAGUGGGACACUUUCCAAAUCCAACUGUAAGUAUUACUAAUACUUAUCACUACCAAUAUCAAUAAUGAGUGAAUAUGGAAAUUGUGGUGUUCUAUGUCAUGACUUUUAUUAAGUAGUAUGUGAUAUGUAUAAUAAUGCAAUGUGUCUGUAUAUGAUAUGUAUAUGUUUGUAUGAGUAUGUGCACAUACCUUAACACUAUUAUUGGUAUUAGUAUUAAUCUCCAAGGUAAACCACAGUACAACAGUUGUUUAGUUAUGAAUGUGUUAGCCUAAGGUACAUCCCUGCUUCUUAUUUAUUUUGCUCUGAUUGUUUACUUAACAGAUUUGCUUGGUUUCAGCAGCUGGUUGCACACCCUUAUUAAAGCAGAACCGACUUAACCUGUCCACCAACACAGCAACAUCACACAUAUUUUGGAUCAGCUAAAUAAACCAUUAAAUAAACCAUAAAUCAAGAAGAGUAUAUAUAUUUUAUAAAUACUCCUCUUGUUAAAGCAAAGCUGUCCAUCACAAUAUGGCAUUCAGCGUAAGAUAUGCUGCUUGUUAAACUGCUGGACAGAACAAAAAAAAAAAAAAAACUUAUUGUUUGAGGUAAAUAUUGGGAAAUAUUCACAAUUGCAUCACCUUUGUGAUUACUGAACCAGUAAUUUGCCAACAUAACUGAUCAAAGGUUGUGAUUGUGACACUUAUAUAAAAGCAGAGACAGAAAUAAAAGGAGUUCGCAUUCACCAGAAACUCAAAUUCAUCAUGUUUGCUUCAGUGGCUCUUUUUGUCGCUGCUUUGCUCUUCUUGCUACUUUUUUUUCAAACACAAAAAUCUAACAACUUUCCUCCAGGUCCUUGGCCUAUUCCUAUCCUUGGAAAUGUGCUGCAGCUCAACCUGACAAACCCCAUUGCAGAUCUGGAGAGGCUGGCCAAACAGUACGGCAAUGUCUACAGCCUCUUUAUUGGUCCCAGACCAACAGUUGUCAUCAAUGGACUACAUGCGUUGAAAGAAGCUCUAAUAAACAAAGCUGCAGCUUUCUCAGGCAGACCAGAAAACCUCAUGAUCAAUCAUGCUUUUCAAAAGAAAGCUCCAGGAGUGGUAAUGGCAGGUUUUAACACUUCUUGGAAAGAACAUCGACGCUUUGGUGUUAUGACCAUGAAAAACUUUGGGCUAGGCAAGCAAUCUAUGGAAGUGAGGAUUCUGACAGAGAUACGUCGCAUUAUAGAAUGUCUGGAGCAGAGUGUUGGUAAGAAAAUAGAUCCUCACCUGCUUUUCCACAACGCAGCAUCUAGUAUUAUUUGCCAAGUCCUGUUUGCUAAACAGUUUGACUACGAUGAUGAAUUCAUGAAGUUUUUUCCUGUAUUUUUUCGUGAGAGUUCAAAACAAAUCAAUGGGUUCUGGGGUAUGACUUACGACUUUUUCCCCAUGCUGCGCAGCCUGCCACUGCCCUUCCAGAAAACCUUUAAGCUGUUCCAGGCUGCACAUGAAAGAUAUUCAGAUAUAUUGGCUGACUGCAAAAAGACCAGAGUUCCAGGAAAACCAAGACAUUUCAUGGACUGUUACCUUGAUGAAAUAGAGAAGGGAGGAGACACGUUUUAUGAAGACCAGUUGUGUUCAGUUAUUACAGAGCUUCAUUUUGGUGGAACUGACACAACAGCCAACACUCUGCUUACUGCCUGUCUCUACUUGAUGAACUACCCACAGAUACAGGAGAAGUGUCAGCUGGAAAUAGACACAGUUCUGGAUGGGAAGGAUGAAGCCAGUUUUGAAGACAGACACCAGAUGCCCUAUGUACAGGCUGUCAUUCAUGAAAUCCAGAGGAUGGGUAACAUCACUCCUCUCAGUGUUUUCCACUGCACCACUCAAGACACAGAGCUUAUGGGGUUCUCUAUACCAAGGGGAACCAUUAUCAUCCCCAACCUGUCCUCAGUGUUGUUUGAGGAGGGACAGUGGAAGUACCCUCGUGAAUUCAACCCUGAAAACUUCCUCAAUGAAAAGGGAGAGUUUGUAAAACCAGAGGCCUUCAUGCCUUUCUCUACAGGACCACGGAUUUGUCUUGGAGAGGCCCUGGCUCGCAUGGAGCUCUUCCUUGUUUUAGUGAGUUUGCUGAGGAAGUUCAAGUUCAUCUGGCCAGAGGAUGCAGGAGAGCCAGAUUUUACUCCUGUUUUUGGAAUAACCCUGACCCCCAGACCCUAUCACAUGAAGGUCCAGCUCAGAGGAACUGACUGAUGGGUCAUGUCGGGUCCCAGCAAUUUGAAGACAGAGUUUAUUCUAAUCUUAUUUUCAUACUGUGACUUCAAGUAAAGUUAAAUUUAUUGUUUAUAUGUCCAUGACUUCACAAUUCCAGGUGAGAUUGUCUGUGUAAGGUAAGCUACAGAAUCUGGACUUUGCAUUUCUAGAUCAAUAUGUUUCACCACCACCUAUCUGGGUCAUCAGUUAGAGGAAAGCUGGCAGGUGACCACAAAGCCAAAUGUUUGUUUCAACUUUAGAACAAAGCCCAGAUGCCAUGACUUAAUGUUCUACAAUGUUGUUGUAUUUGUGGCUGUGAUUUUAUUGUGCAAUGUGAAAAUAAUCAAAAUAAAUCAAAUCAAACUUUAAUUAUAUAGCGCCAAAGGGGAACAAAAUGUUACCCUAGGCUGAACAAUAACAUUAACUUAAGAGUAUAUAGAGAAGACAUUGGAAGACCUAAUUUUUAAAGGAAGGAUGCUCUAUAGUCGUGGGGCCAGGACACAGAAAAUACUUGUUAUUGGGCUUGGGGAAGUAGAGCAAAACGGCACAGGUGCAUAUUGAGUUGAGUUAGGUUACUUAUAUAAAAUAGAAGGUGCCAUAUCACGGACUGCCUUAAAAGCAAAUAAUGAAAUCUUGAAUCUAAUGAGAAACUCAACUGGGAGCCAAUGAAGGGACUUUCAAGAUGAGAACAGAAACCUAUCAAACAUAUGUCACUUCUAUUGCGUCAUUUCAUGAUUCAUACUCAUGCUAAAGUAUAGAGAGGUGCAAAUUUUCAAUUUUGAGCUUCAGUGAAGUUUAUGUUGUUUUUAAAACUUUAAACACUGCUUUAUUGAGUUUUACAGGUUUGCUCUUCAUUAGGAUAACAUAGAAUAUUUCACUCAAGUUUCAAAUUUACUUCUCAAGCACUUGAAUUGUUUUACUUAGAGUGAUUCAGUAAGUCCUUUUAAUAAAGUGAAACCCAUUUGUGGGGAUAUCCUGCGUUAAAGGAUGGAAGCAGCGCCCCUUUCUGGGUGAGGCGCAGACCUGUCCAGCCUCCCCUCAUGAGUUUUCUCUGUUGGUUUUAUGACAUAUCAUGAUUUUAUGGCUGAUCAGAAAAACAUAGAUAGACACAUCAGGCAGGUUUUACAAAGUCAUGGUGUAGAAUAAAUCUGUCUGAAGACUGCAAACAUUAUACUGGAAACAAACUGUGAAACAGAAUAGGAUUACGCCUUGUAUCAGCCCAUUUACUGACAGUUUCAGCAUCGGGGCUGAGGUUCCCCUUGCUGUCGCCCCACUUCCGGUUUUUCUCGCCAUACUAGAUCAGAAAAUGUGCAGAUUCAAUGAUAUUUACCCAGGAAAAUGUUAAGAUAAUUGAAUAUUGGGGGUGCAACCAGCUGCUGAAACCAAGCAAAUCAGUUAAGCAAACAAUUGGUGCAAAAUAAAUAUGUAGGGAUGUACCUUAGGCUGACACAUUCCUAACUAAACAACUGCUGUACUGUGGUUUACCUUUGAAAUUAAUCUUAAUACCAAUAAUAAUGUUAUGGUAUGUGCACACACUCACACACAACAUAUACAUAAAUCAUAUACAUACACAUAUGCAUUGUUAUACAGGAUCUCAUACAGUACUACUUAAUAACAGCCAUGACAUACAACGUCACAAUUUCCAAAUUUGCACAUUAUUGAUAUUGGUAGUAAUAAGUAUAAGUAAUACUUACAGUUAGGUUUCGAAAGCCUGUUUAUUAGCUCAGGUGUUGAGUGUCCCACUACAAGGUUAGUAAAGCUGUAGCUUAACAUUGUUCACCCAAAGGGUGAGGCAGAUGUUGGUGCAUAGACAAUGCCACUUGUGAAAGCCAGGGUGAUGUCAAUGAGUGGAGGUAAGAGACCUAGCAGCCAGGGACCCCACACACCUUCAGUUCCAGGAGGGCAGGUGUUGUGACCCAAGCCGCCCACACAGAGCCCCCCAGGCAGAGCUACAACAGCCACAGAGACAGCACCCGAGGCCAGAGUGGACAACCGUGGGUCAACGCUAUCUGCCCCAUGAGAACCAGGGGCAAACACUCCCCCCAGUGGGAGGGUCGGCCCGAGAGAGUGUGGAGCCCGACGACCCACGGUCCGUAGAGAGCCCACUAGGAGAUGUCCCUGCGCCCAGAGUGGGGCUUACGUGAACCCAUGCACUCUCAUUCUCACACCCACACCAUUUGCUUAAUCUCAUUCAUGGGGAGGGUGGGUCUCCGGCCUGCCGCCCAUGUGGCCCCAGGCAGGGACAGCAGCACCUCCCGAACCCCGUCGACGCACCUCAACCCAGGAGAAGCAGGGAGCAGCGUAAAAGGUACCCCAGAACCCUGCAAUCCAGAUUAAACGUGAGUGUGAAGGUUAUACUUUUACUUACUGCCCAGGGUCUGGCAAUGGCAAGCCCGACGCACUGUUCAGGAUCCAUGAGGCCGGGGUCAAACCAGAGGAACCUGCAACCAUCCUGCCUGCUGGUUGUGUAGUCGGGCAGUUACAUGGUCCAUCCAAGCAUGAGAAAAGGAAGCAAUCCGCCUAACCGUUUGUUUGUACCCACAGAACUCAGAGGUGAAGUCAUCCACUGGGCUCACGCUUCUCUCUUCAGCGGGCAUCCUGAAAUCAACCAAACAGCUUUCAGGGUUAGAAAACAGUUCAGGCAGGACAUCCGUGAGUACAUGGAGGCCUGCCCCACGUGCGCGGCCAACAAACUAUCGCACCCAAAGCCGGACGGGUUUCUGCGUCACCUCCUGGUGCCUCAUCGGCCCUGGUUGCACAUCGCCAUGGAUUUCGUCACCGCUUCUGGAGGGAGUUCUGCUCUUUAAUGGGAGCCCAGACCAGCCUGUCAACAGGAUAUCACCCGAAAACCAACGGCCAAACUGAACGGACCAACUAACAACUGGAGACCGGACUGUGAUUGUUGGCCUCCCAAAACCUGGAUACCUGGUCCCAGAAGCUAGUCUGGGUAGAGUUUGCGAACAACACACUGCUGUGCACCUCUCCCAGGCUCACACCAUUCCAGUGCGCCUACGGGUUUAAACCUCUCUUUGCCUUCUUGGAGAGAGAGAUCCAGGUACUGUCGGCUCAUGCGUUAUUGUUGCGCUGUCGCUGCACCUGGCUUCGGGCACGGCGAACCAUGUUAAAAACGCAAGCCCAAUACAAGGGAAAUGCUGACCACAUUCUCAGCGUUCUCUCAUCUGGCUGCUUGGACCGUAAACUACCUCACAGACAGACCACAGUUUGUGAGACUGCGUAACUGUGUGUAUGAUGUGGUAGUCUGCAGCACGAGAGCACCUCAGGGGAUUUUAAAUAGGACUUUGGACUUUAAAUAGAACUCCCACCACUGUCACCUACAGACGUUUUCAGAUGACAGUGCCAUUGUUGUUUUUGUAUCAGGGGGGAUGAGCAGGAGUACAGGGGGGUCAUCACUGACUUUGUCAGCUGGUGUGAGAACAACCACCUUGUACUAAACACUGGCAAAACAAAGGAGCUAGUUCUUGACUUCAGGAGGUCCCCUUCACCACACAUACUGGUGAACAUCCAGGGCUCAGACAUUGAGUCUAUGGACAUAUUCAAGUACCUAGUUAAGACAGUUAAGCAGACAGCUGCUAAGGACUUUUUAUGACACUGUGGUAGCCUCACUGUUCCUCUAUAUUUCUAUACUGUAAAUAAAAGAACUUCCCCAUCGUAGAAUGAAAAAAGUCUAUCUUAUCUUUUAGCUGUAAAGCAGGAAGAUAGUAGGAAGAACUGAUAUGAUGACAUUAUCACACACUGUUUGUCUGUCAGGUAGAUAGGUUGGCUUUUGUUAAUCUCUUUGUAUGCAUCUAUCAUCUAACAUUUCAGUUUUUGUAUGGCAGUAUUACACGUUGCUCUCAAAAUACAUGUCAAAGGCAAAAGACUAACUCAGGUCGCCUGCUGUGGAGACCAAUGCUUAUAUGGUUUUUUUAAUAAAAAGAUUUUUGUACAUGA